CGCUGACGCGGAACGAUCUGCUUCCUUACCACUGGACCCACUGAAGUUUCUCAAUCCACCACAAUGAAAACAGUACAGACAACCUCCAUGUUCUCGACCUUGACUAUCAUUGGCACUCAGCUCCCAAGACCUAUAGCGUUAACCAGGUCAGAGGAUUUCCCGCCCCAUAAACUGGAUGUUUCCCAUGGAGUACACGUGCCCACGAUGAGGUGGGGUCCGUCGCAGGUUCCUCGGGGUGCAGGUCACCUAUCCUUGAGGCUGGGGAAGCGCAUCUCGGGGGGUAGCUCCGGCGUUGCUUAUGAGGCAGAAGUCCUGAGCUCUGGCACAGAGGAAAGCAACAUCAUACCCUCGGACCCAUCUCCUCAAGAGCAGCACCUUUGCGUCAAGGUGGCCCGAAUCAAUCGUUGCCGUACACUCGCAAGGGAAGCGUGGAUGUACAGAAAGCUUGGCGGAUUACGAGGCAUUGUUGCCCCCCAUUUCUAUGGAUUCUUCGCUGCUGAUCUACCCGAGACACACCGGCCGUUUCCUCCAAAAGAGGACCUCGUGCACCUGGAACAGGAUGACCCAACAGUCGACGAAUUUCUACCGGACGACGAUCCAGUGGAUGGGCAGGGAGGCAGAGACAACUCGAAGUGGUGCGAGUGGCGGCCAAAUCCCGACGCACCGAUACUAGCCGUCCUCGUCAUUUCAAGAGGAGGCGAAACAUACUUUGGGAGGGACCACUAUGAUUCGUCCAUGCAGGAAGAUGUCCGUGCGGUACUGCUCGACUUAUCACGAGCGUCUCUGCUGCAUGGAGACUUGCGCCCACCUAAUCUUGUCCGUGCCCCCGCAAAUGCGAUACCUUGCGAUUUGCCUGGGUGCGUCCACAAAUGGAACAUCAUCGACCUUGCUCGCGCCUAUGCCGUGGAUAUCCCUGUCAACGCUGCGCUUUACUCCAAGACCGAUCGAACUCCCGAAGAAGAAAGCAAUCUCAGAACGUGGGACUUUUUCCUAGAUAUACAACAGUCAAGCUACAGGACUAAACAUUUCGCCUUAUAA